AUGCUGCGUGCCUUCUAUCUGAGCGCAUUAAUACUGCGGUCGUGGGCACUCGAUUUGAUAUAUCUCCAUGACGGAUCGCCGCUUUUUGGAGAAGAAGUGAUAUCACCGAAUGGCAAACGCUUAACACAGUUUCUUGGAAUCCCUUUUGCUGAACCACCCAUUGGAAACCUACGGUUCCAGAAGCCAAAACCUAAACAGCCAUGGAGGAGUCCACUGAAUGCAACUAUUUUACCAAACUCUUGCAUACAGAGUUUCGAUACGUACUUCGGAGAAUUUUAUGGAGCGACUAUGUGGAACGCCAAUACACCAACCUCCGAAGAUUGCCUUUAUGUGAAUGUGUUUACCCCUGGAAAGGUCGAUCCGAGUAGAAGACUCGCUGUAAUGGUUUGGGUGUAUGGUGGAGGAUUCUGGUCUGGAACGUCCACGUUAGAAGUUUACGAUGGAAGAAUUCUGCCAGUCGAGGAAAAUGUUAUCCUGGUUUCGAUGAACUAUCGCGUAUCGAUGCUUGGAUUCCUCUAUUUGGGGAAGCGCGAGGCACCAGGAAACAUGGGUCUCUGGGAUCAGCAACUGGCGUUGAAAUGGGUGCAUAAAAACAUUGAUGUAUUUGGUGGAGAUCCUACCAGAAUCACUUUGUUUGGAGAGUCGGCAGGAGCAGCUUCAGUAAACAUGCACAUGUUGAGCCCACGGAGUACUCCCUAUUUCCAGAGAGCCAUCAUUCAAUCCGGUGCUGCUACAGCACCUUGGGCAAUUGAACCACGUGAUGUAGCCCUAGCACGUACAGUUGUACUCUACAAUGCGAUGAAGUGUGGUAACAUGAGCCUGCAGAAUCCCGACUAUGACAAGAUUCUCAACUGCUUUCUACGGGCCGACGCAGAUCUUAUAAGGGAAAAUGAAUGGGCACCUGUUCGCGAAUUUGCCGAUUUUCCAUGGGUGCCAGUUGUGGACGGUGAUUUCUUGAUUGAGAGCGCCCACACGUCGCUGAGACAGGGUAACUUCAAACACACUCAACUUCUGGCUGGUAGCAAUCUUGAUGAGAGCAUGUACUUCAUCGUUUACCAGUUGACGAAUAUCUUUCCGGUUCAAGACUUUUUCAAAAAAAGAGACUUCGUGCCGGACCGAUCUACGUGGCUGAAAGCCAUCUCAGAUCUGCUACCACAACAGAUGAUCAAGAACCAGCUGGCGUUGGCAGCGAUUUUGCAUGAGUAUGAGCCAGCAAAUCUACCAGUUCGAGAACGUGAUUGGUUGGAUUCAAUGGAGAAGAUGCUUGGCGACUACCAUUUUACUUGCAAUGUGAACGAAAUGGCUCUAGCACACUCCAAGCAUGGUGGAGACACGUAUUACUACUAUUUCACGCACAGGGCAACAGCGCAAACGUGGCCAGAAUGGAUGGGAUGCUUACAUGGUUAUGAGAUUAAUUUUAUUUUUGGUGAACCUUUCAAUAAAAAGUUCAACUACUCCACUGAAGAGCAGGAGCUGAGCAGCCGAUUCAUGCGCUACUGGGCGAAUUUUGCCAGAACUGGUGAUCCAAAUAAAAACGAGGAUGGUACGUAUACAACAGAUGUUUGGCCGAAGUAUAAUGGUCAAUCAAUGGAAUACAUGAACAUGACUAUUGAAUCGGCGUAUCCAACUCCACGAAGAACUGGUCAUGGUCCACGGCGGAAACAUUGCGCAUUUUGGAAGGCAUACCUGCCAAAUUUGAUGGCUGCCGUUGCCGACGUCGGAGAUCCAUUUUUGCUUUGGAAGCAGCAAAUGGACAAAUGGCAAAAUGAGUACAUUAUGGACUGGCAGUACCACUUUGAGCAGUAUAAAAAAUAUCAAGCGUAUCGUCACUUAGAUUCUUAUUCAUGUGGUGGUAGGCCAUAA